GGUGGAGAUCUGGACUUUAAAAUUCAAGAAUACAAAGAAUCUGGGAAGAUAUUCACUCAAAGACAAAUAAUAGACUGGUUUAUACAGUUGUUGCUCGGAGUCAACUAUAUGCAUGAAAGGCGGAUACUUCACAGGGAUUUGAAAGCCAAGAAUAUAUUUUUGAAAAAUAAUCUUCUGAAAAUUGGGGACUUUGGAGUUUCUCGUCUUUUGAUGGGUUCAUGUGAUCUGGCAACUACAUUUACUGGGACACCAUACUACAUGAGUCCAGAAGCACUGAAGCACCAGGGAUAUAACACAAAAUCUGACAUUUGGUCUCUGGGAUGCAUUUUAUAUGAGAUGUGCUGUAUGAACCAUGCAUUUACUGGACACAAUUUUUUGUCUGUUGUAUUGAAAAUUGUAGAAGGUGAUACACCUUCUCUGCCUGAUAGAUAUCCAAGCAAACUGAAUGCUGUCCUGUGCAGCAUGUUAAAUAAGAAUCCUUCAUUGAGACCAGCAGCAGCAGAGAUCCUAAAAAUCCCUUAUAUCGAUGAACAACUAAAGAAUAUACAGUACAAGUUCACAAACAUGGCUGUGAAAGACAGGGCACUUAACUGGCAGAAAGAAGCUGCUACCAUUUUUGAUGCUGUGCAGACGAAAGUUCAUUUGCGAACUCUGCAGGAACUGUCUGAAGUACAGAAAAUGACACCGUGGGAACGAAUGAGGCUGAGGAAGUUAAAUCCUGCAGAUGAGAAAGCAAGGAAGUUGAAACAGCUGGCAGAAGAAAAAUAUCAAGAAAAUAUCAAAAGAAUGCAAGAAUUCAGGUCCCGUAAUUUUCAGCAGCUGAAUGUCAAUGUCCUACAUGAAUCUGAUGAGCAGACUUCAAAACCUCUAAUUCAUUCUCAGCCAGUCAUUACGUGCGACUGUGUGUCCAUAGGACGUGAUGAACCAAGGGGAAAUGAGACAAGUCAGCUCUGCAUGUCUGAACUUACAGGCCAUG